UUUGCAGCAGCCCCGCUGAGUGACAGGCAGCAUCACUUGGAGGCGUGUCCGUGAGCCGGAGCGCUUCCCUGUGGAUCUGCCGUGCAAAUCCCUGCGAGAAACGGAGCGGCUUCUUUCGGGAACACAGAAAUUAGCGAAACGCACUGCCCGGCUCAUCGCCAGCUCCGCGGAACCGGGGGGCAUCCAUUAUAGCGGCAGGCGGCAUUUAACAAGCAGGAUGUGGCUUCUGUGAUAUCCAUGAAAAGCAGAUGCGUGACAUCCAUUGGAUAUACUGGAGCAGCCGAUGAUGAAUUUCUCCACAAGGUCAACGCUGGCAUCUGUCUGCGCUGGAUUCAUGGGGGUGAAGAACCACAGAGGUCACUGGCUAUCUGCCUCUGUUUGACCCUUCAUGUGCCGCAGAAACAUAUUUGUUAUCCAUUCUGCCAGUGAUGGGUUUGAGAAAUUGAAAUUGGAAGAAACGUCUUCUUUGAUCAUAGUUGUAAAAAAGAAGAAACGGUUGCCAUCAAUAACAAGCCAAACCUUUCAAAAACCAUAAAUAAAAAAUAAAAAGUAAAAAAAGUUUCCAUGGGGACUGUACCGGAUCCUCAAGGGUCUGUUAAAAGUUCGGUAACCACCACACUUGUGGCAGAAGAUUGUCCCGAGUCUGACACACCUCAUGUUGCCAAACACCAUCUUCAUCAAACAACCUCAAAAAAGAAUGGGGAUGCAGUGCCAGUCUCGGAUAUAUGUCCAGCUGAUUUAACUUCCAGACCCACUUUAAAAACAUCAGACCAUGAAAAUAUAUGUAGCCAUAAAAUAAAGGACACCAGCAGAGAAUCAUUUUCUUUUAGGACUUCCAACCAACCUGAGGUUUUACCACAACCGGAUGAGCAACAUUUUGCAACUAUAGUACCAGAAGCCAUCAAAGACACCACUCAACAUGUUCCCACUACAAGCAUCAUUCCAUCACAUUCCGAAAUAUCAGUAUCCACCAGUGUCGUAAAUUUGACUUGUAAAGAAUUAAUGGUAGAUGAGGGUGGUAUGGCAAAAAACACAGUUAUGGUAGAACAGGUUGUGCCUGACCAAGUUAGUUUCGAGGUAGGCUCCAGCCCAACUGCCAAAAACAUGCUAGAGAGUUCUACAGACAUGGACCUUAACAAGGAAACAAUGAUGCAUUUGCCAAGCCAAGAAGUAGACCACCAAAGGAUUGAUGAGGGAGCAAAUAAAGAUACAAAUGUUCUAGACAGUAGCACCUCAGUACUACAGGAAGGUAAAGGAGAGGACCAAGCUGUUCUUCCCAAGCCUGAGGAGUGUUUGCAGUUAACCCCUGAAGAAGCAGAACUGAACAAAAAUGGGGAACCAUUACUACUGGAAUCAGAGUUACUCUGUAAAUUUAAGGAUAUGGGAACAAUGACAUCACAGAUGCAUAGUUGGGCUAAGCAGGAUGCUGAAGUGCAAGCUGUGGCAAAUGUGGUAGAUAAAUCAGUCUCUACUAGUCCAAGCAUUUUGUCUGCGUUUCUAAAGGUCAACUCCCCAAUGUUUAAAGAAAGACAAGAACAGGUGUGUAUAAUUUAUCAAGGUAACCCUGGAAACGCUCCAAAGGAUCGUGCUAACUUUGCAUUGCAUCCACAGAUGUCGCAAAACCAUUUAGCACCAAAAGUACGCUUUCAGCCCCCUGAUGCAAUGAGCCCCCAGCCUCUACAGCUGCACAACAAAAGCCCACCAGACAUGGUGCGUUCUCCCUUUCAGCACACAGAUCUUGCAAGAAAUCCGCAGGUUUUAUAUAGAAAUGAGCUAGAUGGACAAAAUCGUGGUAUGCCACAAAUGCCAAUGGCAAGUGCUUCUCCCCUUUUAAUGAACGUGAAACCUGUCUAUCAAAUCAACAUAGAGAACAGUCAAAAACAGUCAAAAAUGUACAAUGAUCCAUCACAGUUUAGAACUCCUCAUGACAUCAGCAACAAAGCCAGGCUCCAUCAUUUAAGUGGAAUAGAAAAUAUUCAAUUACACAAUGUUCGUCAAGACAAUGAGCAGACAGAAACUCUUAUGAUACCUGGCGAUGGUAGCUCUGACCGAAAACCUUUCCAUUUUAAAAUUACAAACGAACAGGGUUCUACCCAAGCAAUCAUCACAACAGAUAUUAAAACACCAAAGAAAGAGGAAAAAAUGUCCCCUCUUCGUGUUGAGGUUGAAGUAAACAACAGUGGUGGGGCUACUGGUGGUCCAGUGGAUGAAAUACUUGAGGUUUUAGUUAGAAAGGAACAAGAUGAAAAUGACCAUGCAAAAAAGUCUAGCAGUCUAAGUUUGCAUUCCAAACCGGCACCAGAUCUCAACCAGGGCGCAAUGCCACUUACACCAAGAUUAAGGAAAGCCAGAGAGGAAAAAAAUGAACCGAUUCUGCUCACCUUGCCUACCUCGGAACAGUCUAAGCUACUUGGUAAAAAGGCAGCUCAAACAGGUUCAAGUCCUGAGGCAAAAACCCAAGCAAAGCAACCAGCCAAGAGUGUGAAGGAUGUUGUAUGGGAUGAACAGGGCAUGACAUGGGAGGUUUAUGGAGCCUCUAUGGACCCUGAAGCAUUAGGAAUUGCUAUACAGAAUCAUUUACAAAGGCAAAUAAGAGAACAUGAGAAAAUGAUUAGGUCUCAAUUAAAGCAAAAUAGGAAAUCAAUUUCUGAUGCAUCAGGUAAAAAGCACAAAAGGAGACAGCACAGAGUAUUUCAGUCCAUGCUUAAGAAUUUCAGACGACCAAACUGCUGUGUCCGACCUCCACCUUCAGCUGUGUUAGAAUGAGUCCUUGGAGCAUUGUGGACCACUUAUCAUUUAUACAUAAUUAUAGUAGAUUAUCAAUCAUGCACUUAAGGGUGUUAUAGGCAGACCUCAUGUAAAAACUAUUUUUAAUGCAAUAUCACUUAUUUUUUAGAGUUUCAUUUUUCAUGAAUGAACUUGUUUGUCUUAUUCCAGAGAUUAAAAAAAAGUUUGCUUUCAAAUGUUACAUUUUACUUUUUCCAAAUUGUAAAAAUAUGAAAGCAGAAAGUAAAAAACAGGUUUCAGAUUUAUAGAUGAGUUAGUAUCUACGCCGUUAACCACAGUGCCAGAAUAUAAUUUAUCACAGCAGCCUUUUUUUGACUGUGAAGUUCUAUAUUAAAGAAAGAA